AUGUCGCGCCCGCAGGUCAGCAUCGACCGCCUGACGCCGCGCCGCGCGACGAUUGAACCGCGCGAGGCCAUGAACUGCAAGUCCUGUCGCAAACGAAAGAUCAAAUGCAACCGUCUCCGUCCCAGCUGCGAGGCCUGCAAGGUCUUCCAAAGCCCGUGCAUUUAUGAUGCGAUUCCUAAAAAGCGCGGCCCGAAAACAGACGUCCUCGAGGCUCUCCUCAAACGCGUCGAUGGCCUGGAAAAGAGACUCCAGGAUGAGAAAAAUCCCAUCUCUCCCACAUCCCCGGACAAGCAGCAAGCCGACGAUCUCCCGCUCGGACAGGCGCAGGGCACCCGUCGCAACACCGUCGAUGCCUCCGCAUUUGACUCGUAUCCGGCGAGUGACUCGCGACCGACCCUGUCAUCGAGCCUGUCGCAAAAUUCCGACUCGUUUCCGAGGUUGACUGGCCAUGAACCCUCGCCGGGCAACCCGCAAUCGGCUCCGCAGAAUGGCGCUCUCUCCGAUGUCUUGCUGGACGCGUAUUUCGCACGAUUGCAUGGGAAACCUUUCUACGUGUUGGAUGAAGCGGGCACUCGACAGCGCCAUCAGUUGAAUCAGUUACCGGUACAUUUGGCGAUGGCGAUCUCGGCCAUGACAUUGAGGUAUACUCAUGUUGGACAACCGGAGCAGUCUCUGCGUGUUGGGUUGGAUGCGGCUCUUCACGCGCGGCGGAUGAUUGACGUGGACAAUCCCACGAUGGAGGGAUUACAGUCCUUGCUACUACUCUCACAAGCCUUUUUUGCCUAUGGAUUGGGCAAGAAGGCUUAUAUGACAUUCUCAAACUGCGCGGCCAUGGCGGUGGCUCUGGAUCUACUGCGUGAAAUGCCUUCCAAAGCCAAUCUCUCUGCACCCGAGCGCGAAACCCGCCGCCGAUUAUUCUGGUCCGUCUACCUGAUGGACCGCUUUAUUACAUGCGGAUCCCGGCGGCCAUGUCUGAUUGCAGACCACUCCAUCGUCUUGCGGCUCCCUUCUUGGUCUCCCCACGCAGCUGGUCUCAAUAUGGAGGGCGAACUGUUCCACGUCGGUCCGAACAUUCAAUACUCGGCUGACUCGCGCCGGAAAACACCCAGUGCGGCGUCAUUGUUGAUCGACAUUACCCGCAUCCUCGGCGUCACCAACCGCUAUUUGGCUGCCGGUGGUGUCAAGGGAGAUUCGCACUUCCCAUGGCAUGCACUCUCCAAUCUGUCCAAAAUCCGACAAGAACUGGAUAUCUGGGCGGCAGGGACACAGGAUGUCUUUGCUUCGAUAGAGACAUUAUUCGGUCAUCCCGAGAGUACAACGCUACUUUUGAGUAAACUGAUUUACCAUCUGGUGCACUGUCUCAUAUACCGCCCUUUCCUCCCCAUCGAUCUCGUGGAGCUAAGAGGCACGGGCCAGCAUCAGUCCUGGCAGAUCGAGGCAACCAAUCUAUGCUUCUCCCAUUCCAACGCGAUCGCAGAACUCGUCGAGCUGGGCCGAAAUUCCCCGCUGGUGGAGUGGCCCGCCUUUGUGGGGUAUUGUGUAUGCACGGCGGGUACUGUGCAUGUCCAUGGGGUGCACUACAAAGGUCGUGAGGGCGAGGUCUUCUCGUCGAGUGCGGAGUUUCUCACCCGCGAGAUGCACCAGCUGGCCUGGUUGCGGAAUUCCUGGGCCGGGGUCCAACAUCAGCGGGAGCUGCUGCAAACGAUAUACACCUGUCAUGCGGAGCUGGUGCGGAAUCUGGCGAGUAGUUCGAUGCGCUUCUCGCCUGUGUUCCAUCUGGAGGAUUUCUUGGACCGGUAUCCCGGUCUGACUGUAGAUGGUGCCCAUGCGCGGUUGGUUGAUACCGGGGAUGAACUGGUCGCGAGAACACUCGCUUCAAUUAUUAUACAAUGGCUAACUUUGCAUAUCUCAGUCCUGCUGGCUAUGUCGACCAACAAACCCAGUUCUACCGUCCAAUGGCACCACCCUCAUACCAACCCCCAAACCCCCUUCUACGGCAAUCUUCGACCAACACCCUCACCCCUUCCAUCCUCUCAAACCCCAGAUUCCGACCGCCGAAACUCCCACUCCCAUUCUCAACACCCAAAUAACAAACAACAUCAAUCGACUGGAAACCCCCUCUCCCCAGCCCUCCACUUCCACCAACAACAACCUCAACCCUCCCCCUCCCUCUCCUCCAUCUUCCCCAUCCAAUCCGCCUCCGACCACCUCUCCCAAUCCACCUCCCAACCCUCCCAAGAAACAUCCCACCUCUCCCUCCCCAGCGCCUUCUCCCCCAGCGCCUUCGGCCUCUCCCCACCCGCCUUCCUAACAGACCCCUCCCUGGCAAUCGCCCCAACGCCCCCUUCAAACCCUCAAUACGCAACCUUCCCCUUCGACACGACAGCCACAACCCAAUCCGGUGCCGCACUGACUCCCGGCGCGCAGUCGCAAACGAGCGGCUCGCAUACGGCGAGCAGUGAGACCGGCACGGGUAGUCUGGAGAAAGAUCCGUUCUUGAGUCUUUUGGAGCAGUUGGCGGAGAAUGAGCAUUCGCAAGGUGGACCUAGUGAAUUGGAUUUCUUUUUGACGGGGGCUGUGGAUGGGGAGGCCGAUGUUAAUGUUAAUGUGAAGGUUGGCGCGGAGGAAGGGAGGACCCGAGCCGAGAUGUAA